CAUUUAAAUUCAAACACGGCGGCAUGAAUUCAAACACGUUGUAGGUUUGUAUCUGCAUAUUGCACAUUUCCUUUUGUACGCUCACAAGUCGGUGGGGACAACCAUACCAUGACGCAAGCCAAGUUUCGCCCCAUAAAUUCGUAACAGGUCCGCCGCCUCGAAUCGAAUCCCCCACUCCUUUCCUUCCGCCGCCGCGCCGCCGGCCUCUCGCGCGAUGAGCUCCACGUGCAGGUCGUGCGGCGAGGGCGCGGUGGUGUCGGACCCGGACUCGGGCGCGCUCGUCUGCACCUCCUGCGGUCUCGUCCACGACGCCGGCGCGGCGGAGUUCGUGAACCAGGCCACCUUCAACGACGCGGGCGGCCUCGACCUCCGCGUCUCCUCCCUCGUCCGCCACCACUCCGACUCCGCGUACCGUGACAACAAGCUCGCCGGCGCCUCCGCCGCCAUCACCUCCAUCGCCGCCCGCCUCGGCCUCUCGCCGGCCCGCGCCGAGGAGGCCCUCCGCAUCGCCAAAUCCGCCACCGACGGCAACCUCGUAACCCCGGGCGCCGCCUUCCUCCCCGCCCUCGCUGCCGCCUGCACCCUGCUUGUCGCGCGAUCCCACCGCCUCCCGCUCUCCCUCGCCGAGGCCGCCGAGGCCGCGUUCUGCUCCGCGCCUUCCCUCGCCGACCUUGUCUCCCGCGUCGCCGCCCAGCUCUCGCUCCCUCCCCUCCCGUGCUUCGACUACGCCGCCGCGCUCGAUCGCGCCGUGCGCCUCUCGCCCUCGCUCACCGCCGCCGCUGGCGAGAAGACGGAAGCGAUUCUCGCCCAAGCCCGAUUCCUCCUCCGCUGCGCCACCAAGUGGUCCCUCACCACCGGGAGGUACCCACUCCCCCUCGUCGCCGGGCUGGUCGCCUUCUCUGCUGAGGUUAACGAGGUCACCUCUCUCUCUGUGGAAGACAUUGCCCGGGACAUUUCGGCGGCACCGAGGACAAGCCUCCGCCGAUACAAGGAGCUCGUUGAUGCGCUGGUGCAUGUCGCGCGGCAGCUGCUUCCGUGGGGCGCCGAUGUCAAUGCCAAGAACCUGCUCCUGAACGCGCCCGUGCUGCUUCGGCUCAUGGAGAUGCGGUCGCAAUCCCACCUGUCGGAACAGUUUCUUGAGGGUUUCGCUCCGGACAUGGCCGGCAUUGUGCAGGCGUACUCAUCUGUUGAUGACGACGAGUCCAGGUACCUCCAAGUUGGUCCCUCGGGUGCCGAGGAUUUUGAUUUCGAGAAUUCUGGGCAAGAGAGGAAGGAAUUGGAGGAUAAGAUGAUCUCGGAGAAGUGCCUAUCAGAUGCUUACCAAAAUGUCUUAAAGAGGCUUGCUCAGCUUCAGGAACUUGGGCAGGUUGGUAAAGGUUCUAACAAGAGGAAGCAGUGGAGAGGAGGCCUGGAGCUGGAACCAUGGAUGGAUUCAACGGUUGAUGGUUGGAAAAAGGACGUGGUGCUUGAGGAGGUGGUGGAUAUUGACAUUGGCUAUGAUGCACCACCGCCAUCGUUUACUGCUGGUAUGGAGUUGCGGAAGAAGAGGAGAGCACGCAUGGAAACUGCUAAGCAGCGAAUUGAUGCGAUUAGGAAGGCUCCUGCUGCUCCUGCCACAAAUGCAAAUCAUUCACAGCCUGUUGAAAGAAAUGAAGAUGCCUGUCCACCCCAAAAAUUGGCCUGGAAGAAGCAAGGGAGAAAGAAGAUGGAUGGUAGAUAUCAUAUUCCCAUGGAUAAUAUGCCAGAGAUGCCAGCUGGUUCAGAUGUUGGGAAGAAGAAAUGGAAAAGAGUUUCCUGUGACGGUAUUGAUUGGGAAGAUUGCAUCAUCGAGCUCCUGCUAUUACAUGGUGCAAAUGAGGUAGAGAUCGAGCAAGGCCAGUACAGAAGAUUGUUAGAGUUGCAUGUAUUCAGGGCAGUAAGUGGAGGAAGAUGAAAAAUGGCGAUGCAGUGUCUCAAGCCUUCAGUAUAUGAUCAUGAUCUUGCUUACUGAACAUAGGUUCUUGCUGCUCUAAAUUUGUGCAACAAUUUUUUAUUGAUAGAGAAAGCUCAGCUGAGUGCAAUUCUGUGAUGUUCAAUCAAGCUAAUUGAGGAAUGAACAUAUUGUGAUAGAGAAAUGAUAACACACAACAGGUAUUUUUGUUUUUCCCUGCUAAAGUAGACAGUAAAACACAACCUAGGAAUUAUAUGUUCCCUUGCAAUUUCAAUUGCUUAGAUGACUGGGAAUGUGUCAUUUUGUACAUUGCUAUAUUGCAUAUGAAUGCAUACUUUGUUAGACUCGCAUUCAUAAACUUUAUUCUAUAAUAUCACAGCUUAAGCCACAAAGCAAAAAUGUGGCUUGGGGCAACGUACAUUUCUGAAGAAGUUUGAGUUUGACUGGCAUGCUAGUUGGAAGUGGUUCAGGAUAUGCUUUUUCUUGGAGAUAUAUCAUGUAUCCAUGUGGAUGAAAAGACCAUUUGGUGCUUAAUCAUGCAAAGUCAGGUCUGGUAUUUCUCUGUUUUUUAUCUGUUGUGUACCUUGUCAUGUUGUCCUUAUAUCUUGCUGAAGGUUGAACUCCAAAGUACUGGCUACCAAGCUAUGUCAUGUGCUAUUCCGGUACUCAACGGAAAUGUUCUCUUCGUCGGUUGCUAUUCUAGGGGUCAAGUUUUGUAACUGGAGUUUAUAUAGCGAGGAGCUCAUGCAGUGUACUGUACAAACGCAUCUUUUUCUCCAGAAUAGGAUAAUUGUCUAGAGAUAAAUGCACAUGCACAGUCAGGGACUCAAGGAGCCAUUUGGUCGUGUGUUUUCAGUGUAGUUAUCUUCCUGCAUGUGACAUUGGAAUUUUAAGCAGUAAGCUGUUAUACUGAUUUGCUACUAAGAGUGAAUCAUACGGCGUCCUUGUACCUUU